AUGGCUGCUGCAACUCAUACCACGCGCACCUCCCCCCAGAAUUCGAACAUGUCCUCUCCCAAAGAUAGCAAAAGUACCCUUCCCGUCGUGACCAAGACUGAAGAGCCUGCAGAGGUCAAGCCAGACACCAAAGACAUUCCCACCGUAUCCGAACCCACCAACCCCGACGCAAAGCCUGCGGUGACCAAUGCAGCCCCGCUGGCACCUCCUCCCAAGCCCGCGCCAUCAACAACCGGUGACACGCCCGACUACUUCAACACUGUACACAACCCCUUCUCGUUGGAGCCAAACGUCUUCGAGCAGUCCUUCGGAGGCAACGGCUCUGUAGAAACACCUGGCGGCCGCACCAUUCUGCCGCCCGUUGCAAACAUCACGUCGCCGUCUCCGUUGCCCGGUAUCACACCUGGCUGGCAGUCGUUGCGCGCUGGCCCUUUGAGCCCUGCCAUGCUCAGUGGUCCUACAGGCCAGACGGACUAUUUCAGCGAAUCGUUCAGAGGCUUCCCUACCCCCAACGAGUCUUCUCUGCGCACUGGUCUUACGCCUGGCGGAGGUGGGUCCAUGUUCCCCGCCCCAAGUCCCAACACCCAGGCUAUCUUCAACCUCCAAAGUGCUGGUGUCACUCCUGGAACAGGUGACUUCCAGCAGGCUGCUAUGCGAGCGGCCGCUCAGGCUAACCAAAAUAAGACCUCGGCAGCACCCACUUCACAACCUGACACGGUAACCGCAGGAAUGGAUCGCCAAAACAACUAUCAGCAAGCCCAGCAACAACAGCAGAGGUCUCAAAACGACCCAUACGCUAAUCAUGACGUCAGCAGCGCCGCUAACGACUUGCUCUCGUUUGCAAGUCAGAAUGGCGGCGGUGCUAGGAACAACCAGCCACCGUUCUCUAUGGCGCCCCAGAACCAGUCGGUGAACGCUGGUCAUAUGCCUGUCCAACCUGUCGGCGCUGAUCACAGCCGCCGCAAUACAAAGGGCUCCAUCAACAGCAUGGCUUCUGCCGACACUGGUGACUUCUCCGAGUCCGGUCAAAGUGAGCAGAACAAAGGAUCUCGUACACGAGGCAAGAAAGGUGCUGCUAACGGCAAGCAAGCCGCCGGUACGAAGCGAAAAGCCGAUGAUGCUCCCAAAGGUGGACGCAAGAAGGGCGCUGCUGCCUCCAUGGAUGAUGAAGACGACUCUGACGACGAGAUGGCGAACAUGAAAGAAGAAGAGUUCGACAGCAAGGGCCGCAAGAUGACCGACGAGGAGAAGCGCAAGAACUUCCUUGAGAGAAACAGGGUUGCUGCCCUCAAGUGCCGUCAAAGGAAGAAGCAGUGGCUUGCCAAUCUGCAGGCCAAGGUUGAGCUGUUCAGCACAGAGAACGACGCUCUCUCUGCUACCGUUACUCAACUUCGCGAGGAAAUAGUAAACCUCAAGACGCUCCUUCUUGCUCACAAGGACUGCCCAGUCUCGCAAACACAGGGUCUUCAUGGAGCUGCCAUGAACAAUUUCCUUGGUAGUGACGUCAGCCACCAAAAUCCUUAUGGCAUUGCUCAGCUGCAACACAACGGCGUUCACCACAUGGGGAUGCCGAUGCAGGGUCAGAUGAUGAACCGGUAUGCAUACCAAUCAAGUGCAGACGAUCAACACAACGCGCGUUAUCGUCCGGAUGCUUGAACUAUGGGCUCACUGUCGUCAGGUAA